AAAGUACGAGAAAAAAGAGAGAGAAUCCAAGUCGUUCAAAGACAGUAGUCAGACAUAGAGAAACACGCACAUGUGUCUCGUUCAUAUGAACUAAGCUCUUCGUUGGUAGCCUCACAAGCUCACACGCCCGCCCCGAUUCCUCCCUGGGACCAUAACGGAACGAACUAUUCUGGACGAAAACUUGCCGUUUACCCUUGCGAGCCAGGAUCCCAGAAGAAAGUCCACCACCGGACGGACCGGAUAUUUUGCUCGAUUUACAUUGACCCCAUCCUUCCUGGACUCACUUCUCAUCUCUCGCCUUUUAGUUUGGAAUUUUCUUGUAGCUCAGACACUUUGAAUAUGGGGAAACGAGGGCAGAAGCACACGAAGAAGGCGGCCACCGGGGGCCCGCCCUCCGACCCUUUGGACAUCUUGGGUUCGCUCAUUCGGCCCAUUGCGCCCAACAAACGCCACGAACUGAAUCAAUUGGUGGAUAAGCUCUUCGAAUUGGCCUCGAAUUUCGGACACGAUGCCGUCACGCCCAAGCAGUUGUGGGAGGAACACCUCAAGAUCCGGGCCCUGGGCCUGCGAGCCACCCGCGAUAUCGCCCAGAGCGAGCUGGUCAUCGCCAUCCCCAGGAAAGUGAUCAUGUCCGUGGACACGGCUCGCCAAUCCGAGAUGGGUCGACUCAUUGAGAAGGACGCCAUGCUUCAGACCAUGAACAAUGUCACUUUGGCCCUGCAUCUGUUGUUGGAAAAGACCUCACCCGCCUCGUUCUGGGAGCCCUACAUCAACACCCUGCCGCCCAGCUAUCACACGGUACUUUAUUAUACCGAGGAAGAGUUCAACGCCCUGAAAGGCUCGCCCGCCUAUCUGGACGCCUUGAAGCAGUACAAGUUUGUAGCUCGACAGUACGCCUACUUCUACAAGAAGUUCCAAUCCACCAUGCUCAAGGAUUACUUCACUUUUGAUGAAUACCGCUGGGCGGUGUCCACGGUCAUGACCCGGCAAAACCAAAUUCCAUCCGGCGAAGAUCCGCAAAAGGUGGUCAAUGCGUUGGUUCCGUUUUGGGACAUGGCCAAUCACGAGAAUGGGACCAUCUCGACCGAUUUCGAUACUGAAGGGGAUGUCGUGAAGUGCAUGGCGUUUCGAAACUUCAAAUCGGGCGAGCCUUUCCGCAUUUUCUACGGAGAGCGCAACAAUCACGACCUGUUGGUUCACAAUGGGUUCGUGUUUCCGGACAAUCGAUUCAACUCCCUCCAAAUCCGCUUGGGAAUCAGCAAGAACGAUCCCUUGGCCCAAGACAAGUACGAUAUGUUGUCCCGACUCGUGAUCUCGCCCCAGGGACAAUUUGUGAUCGGAAAAGACGCAGACCAGCCUUUCGAUCAACUCCUGCUGGCCUUCUUAAGGGUCAUGUGCCUUCAAAGCCAGGAUGAAAUUGACCUCUGGUCCCACGAGGACAAAAUCAGGGACCUUUUGAAUCCCGAGGCAGAUCCCGACCUCGAUAACAAAGUGUUCCAAUACAUGAAAACGAGAUGUGACUUGUUGCUGAAGAGCUAUCCGACUAGCCUCGAAGAGGACGAAAAAGCUUUACAGAACGUGGAUUUGCCCGCCACUCUAAAGUCGUGUGUCAUUCUCCGGCAGGGUGAAAAAAUGGUUUUGAAAAAUGCCAUUGCGUAUUGUGCGCAAAAACUUCAAUAACUUAACCGCAACUCUUUAUUAAUCAGUGUGGGUGCUACUAAUAAAAGUACAUAAUCCUUGUAAUCUUAA